AUGUUUUCUAUAAAGGAGGAAUCCAAAUGUGAAGAACAGGAUAAGUUUUCUUUGAUUUCGAGAGUGGGCAUCCAGCAACUCCAAUUGUUGAUAUUUUUUCUAGCUGUCUUCCAUGUUUUGUCCAGUUUUCUCAUAUUCAGUCUUGGGACAGCUAAGUUGUUGAAGAUAAAGGAGGAAUCCAAAUGUGAAGAACAGGAUAAGUUUUCUUUGAUUUCGAGAGUGGGCAUCCAGCAACUCCAAUUGUUGAUAUUUUUUCUAGCUGUCUUCCAUGUUUUGUCCAGUUUUCUCAUAUUCAGUCUUGGGACAGCUAAGUAUAUAUAA